AAAAGGUGAAUUUUAAGUGAAUAUAAGAAAUAACAGACAGAACAAAGCAGAUUACUGAGCAAAUAAAACAAAGUACGCAAGCUAAGUUCAAUAGCCUUAAGAAACAGGUUACAAAAUAUAAAUUCUCACCCUAGGCAGGUUGCAAAGUUUCUGUGGUUCAGAGUUCCAGUUAUAUUCCUUUUCAGACUAGACCCCUAUCUCAGUCUGGGCUCCCCUUCAGGUGGUGUUUGCAGUGUUUCUUCUUGGGGAGACAGGCCAUGGAAAGGAGGAGGAGUCCCUUUAUCUUCCUCCCCACCCUUCCCUUUCCUUCCCGUGGAACGUUAUGAGAAGUCCCAGGUAAUGUUUAGUAUCAGGUGACAAGACCACCUGACUCUGUAGUAUCACAGCGUCCAUGAGUCAGUGGCAGUAUGGAGGGUCUGCAGGAAGGCCAAACCUUUUCACAGCCCAUUGUCCUCGCUGAUGGGCCUUCCACCCUGUCGUCUGGCUUUUACAUUUUGUACCUGAAGUGUUGGCAGUGGGUGUCACCCAAAGAAGCAUAGUUGAACUACAGAUACAUAGUCACUGUUACUAACUUCAGAUACAGAAAUGAUACAAGCACACAAAUUGGAUAAUCGCAUUCAGUAAAUUAUAACCUUUCCAAUGCAUACAGCUAAAUUCCAGUGAUAUCCUACAUGACCCAUCUUGCAUAAAGUACAUCUCAGUUAUGACAUGUUCAUAUCAUAAGCAUAUUUUUAUAAAAAAUAUGGAGUGAAAGAUCAUACCUUUCUUCAGGUAGUUGACGGGUGCUAUCAAACAAGGGCACACUGCUGACUCAUAUCCAGCUUCUCUGGAUCACGAUGGUCCCUUGUGGCCCUGGAAGCUGUGACUGUAUAAAAGCUGAGUGUGAAGAAUACAAUGAGUUUCACAGAUCGCAGACCCGGCUGUCCUUCUCUCCCAGGUCAUGCUCUCAACUGGAAAUGGCUCAGUCUUUACCACCCGACUCAUCUGAAUGCUGGCUUGAGAGGCUACUUGAAAGUCAGCCUUUGUGUGCUUGGAGCCGGGGACCAGGCACCGGAGCUGGACAAGCCUGCAGAGAGCGAGGACGUAGAGUCCAACCUUCUCAAGCCAGCAGCGAUGCCUGUAUGCAUGGCCACCUUUCAGCUCCGCAUAUACAGAGCUGAGGAUAUGCCCCAAAUGGAGGACUCCUGCCUGCACUACUUUAGGUCCAUGUUCCAGAUGCAUGUCGACAAAAGGAUCUGCGUUGAUCCUUCUGUGGAAGUUAGUUUUGCAGGGAAAACGCGCUGCACCAGAGUGAUGCCAAGAAAUGCCAACCCGGAAUGGAACCAGGUUCUGUUCUUUCCUGCCCAGUUACCGUCCGUGUGUGAUAAGAUCAAGCUAACGGUUCUGAAUGGGGACCAAGCAGGAAAGAGGGACGUCCUUGGGACCACGUACAUCAACCUGUCCCAGGUGUCCUCCACGGGGGCUGAGAUAGAAGGGGAUUUCUCCGGGUUCCUGCCAUGCUUUGGACCCAGCUUCCUGACCCUCUACGGGAGCCCCAGGGAAUUCACCAGCCUCCACGACCCAUAUGAGAAACUCAACUCUGGGAGCGAGGAAGGGGUGGCCUAUCGAGGUCGGAUUCUAGUGGAAUUAAACACCAGCAUGGAUAGGACCCCCCGGCAGGAAAUAGAGGAGAUCCCUGCAGAGGCUGUUGCCAGGGUGGAGCGAUACUUGUCUCGGCGCAAGUACGGCCUGUGUGCCAUCUUCUAUUCAGCCACCAUGCUGCCCGCUAUCAAGGAACUGAUCCAGUUUGAGGUCAGCAUCGGGAACUAUGGCAACAAGUUUGAUGUGACAUGCAAGCCCUGUGCCUCAACCACCCAGUACAGCCAAGCUGUGUUUGACGGAAACCAUUAUCACUAUCUGCCAUGGUACGACACCAAGCCAAUGGUGGCCAUCACUUCAUUCUGGGAGGACGCUAGCUACUACAUGGACACCCUGAACAUCCUGCACUCCACACGGGACAGGCUGACAUUGAAUCUGGAUGCUCUGAGAUCCGUCCGAACCGCCGAGGAUCCAUCUUUGGGUGACGUCUGGAAGAAGCUGCUGAAAGAGCUGCUGGAGGACUGCAACAGGCCGCUGCCCAGUUUGGAAGGUCGGGUGACAGCCACAGUCCUGGAUCAGCAGCUGAGGGACCUGCGUGGUCGGCUCCUCCACCAAGUAGCCAGGUCUGCAGAGAGGCUGAGCGCUGGGAUGAACCCAAACACCCUGAUCCUCAAGGUAGAGGACUGGCUGCAGAGGAUCAACACCAUCACUCCAGAGCCCCAAGCCAGCAUGCCCGAUGUGGUGAUCUGGAUGCUGUGCAAGGAGAAGCGGGUGGCCUAUGCCCGCGUGAAGGCUCACACCAUCAUGUUCUCCAAGGCCGGUCCCUGCGCCUGUGGCAAGCUGUGCGGGAAAACCCACACCCUCUUCCUGAAGAGCCCCCAGCGGGAUGGGAAGGACACCAUCCAUGGCCAGCUGCGCAUGCGAAUGUGGCUGAGUCUGGUGUCCGACAGCCAGGAGUUCAUGAGGCACUGCGAGGGGAAGAUUGGGGUCUAUGCAGAGACGUAUGAGAACCAGGUGAAGAUCUUUGGGAAGUGGGGGCCCAAAGGGCUGAUGCAGCACCCCAGCUUCUCGGACAUAACCGGGAAGAUUGGUGUCCCGAGGGACAAGUUCCAGCUGCCCAAGGGCUGGCACUGGGAUGGCGACUGGGCGGUGGAGCCACAGAGGAGGCUGCUGCUGGAUACUGAGACCAACCACAGUGAGGUGCUGGAGGAGGUGUACGAGAACGAGAGCCGGCAGCCAGGGGAAGAGUGGGCCCCAGCCCCUUCUCCCAACACUGAUGCGGGCGGAGCCGCUGUCUCCCCAAAGGAAGGGAUUGUGUGCCCUAAGGGCUGGCACUUCGAGGAAGGCUGGAGGGUGGAGGUGAACCGAGCUGUGGAUGAGUCUGGCUGGGAGUACGGCAUUGGCAUCCCCCCCACCGGAACCCCCCGGUCCUGGAAUGCUGCAGAGAAAACAUACCACACGCACCGGCGUCGGCGCUGGCUGCGGAGACGCUGUCGGGACCUGAACACUCAGAGCCAGGAGCAGGAAAUCGCCUCCUUUCUCCAGCUGCACUCUACAGGGAAGCCGUCGGAAGAGGACACCUGGGAAUACGCCUCCUGUUUUGGCUGGAAGUUCCACCUGCAGCCCCGGCCGCAUGACACUUACCGGCGGCGCUGCUGGCGCAGGAAGCUCGUGCCCGUGCAGCCCGCCAGGGUGGCUCCCAUUUUCCUCUUGGAGGGCUCCCUGGGUGUGGAGUUUGAAGAUCAAGAGAAGGAGGAAGGAGAAGAGAAAGAGAAACAGACGGCGCGAGAGAAAAAGAUCCUGGAGGAGGGAGAGAGAGAGAAGAGGUCCCCAGCCCAGAACAUCCUGCAGCUGAACACUCCUCUGAUCACCUGUGUCUUCCAGCAGCCCAAUUACUACCAGCUACACUGCUACAUCUACCAAGCCAGGGACCUGACACCAAGCGAUGGCAGGAGCUCCUCCGAUCCCUAUGCCCACGUGUCCUUCCUGCACAGGAGUCAGCGCACGCAGACCUUGACUGCCACCCUGAGCCCCAGCUGGGACCAAACCCUCGUCUUCGACCAUGUGCUGAUUUACGGAGACCCCCAGGCCAUCCGGCAGGACCCGCCACUGGUGGUUUUGGAGCUGUUUGGCCAGGACAUCAUUGACAAGGAUGACUUCCUGGGGAGGAGCAUGUGUUCCCCACUGGUAUGUCUGGAUCUCGGAUCCCGACACCUCCCCUGCCUCCAGUGGUAUCCAAUCACAAAGCAGCAGAAGGAAGCGGGCGAGCUCUUAGCUGCCUUUGAGCUCCUAUUGGAUCCCAAGGAUGGUGCACCAGGCCACCUUCCCGCCCCCUCCUGGAAGAACGGGAUCUACGUCAUCCCUAGCGGCAUCCGGCCCACGCUGAGACUGAUGGCCAUUGAGAUCCUGGCCUGGGGCCUGCGAGGCCUGCAGAGCUACAACCUGUUGAGCGUCAUGUCACCGAGCCUGGUGGUGGAGUGUGGAGGAGAGGCCAUCCAGACAGCUCCCAUCAGAGACCUCCACGAGAACCCCAACUUCCCAAUCAAUGUCUUCCUCAUGAGAGUGCACCUGCCCAUGGAAGAAGAUUUAAUGCCCCCCAUCGAGCUGAAGGUCGUGGACAACCGGGAGUUUGGGUAUAAGCCAGUGGUGGGCCAGGCCAGCGUGAGAUCCCUGCGCCGGUACAUGUGCGAGCCGUCCGCAGAGGGGCACCAUCCCAGCCUGCCACCCCCAGUGGCUCCCAAGGGGAAGUUCGCGAAGAUGCUGAGCAGGAUGGCUGCCGAGUCGUGGCUUCGAACAACACCAAGAGCAGAGAAGGAGGAGGAGGAGUGUGUCGACUGGUGGAGCAAGUUCUAUGCUGCCACGGGGGAUCUGGCAAAGAGCGGAGACUACCUGCAGACAGGGCUGGACAGCCUGAAGGUCUAUAACUGUGAGCUGGAGGCUGUGCCGGAGUUCCAGGGCCUGCAGGAUUUCUGCCAGACCUUCAGGCUGUACCGUGGGUUGGUGCAGGAGAAGGCCAAUGAAGACCCCCUGGUGGUCGGGGAAUUCAAGGGACUUUUCCAGAUCUACCCACUGCCGGAGGACCCCAGCUCCCCACUACCGCCGCGCCAGUUCCAGGAGCUGCCCGAAAGCCAACCCCAGAAGUGUCUGCUCCGGGUUUACAUCGUCCGGGCCUUUAACCUCCCACCAAAGGAUAGGAAUGGCCUGUGCGACCCCUAUGUGCAGGUCACCCUGGGCAAGAAGAAGCUGGGGGACAGAGACCAGUAUCUGCCCAACACCCUGGAACCUGUCUUCGGCAGGGUGUUCGAGCUCCCGUGCACCCUCCCGCUGGAGAAGGACUUGCAGAUCUCGCUCUUUGACUACGACCUCAUCCUCCCCGACCAGAAGAUAGGGGCCACCAGCAUCGACCUGGAGAACCGGCUCCUGUCCCGCUUCCGGGCCAGCUGUGGGCUGCCCCAGUCCUACUGCAUUUCUGGCCCCUGUCAGUGGCGAGACCAGCUCCUCCCCACCCAGUUACUGGAGAACUUUGCCAGGAUGAGGAGUCUGGCCCUGCCCGAGUUCAGUGCAGACGGAGGCAAAGCCACCUUCAUGGGCAGGGCCUUCCUGCUGGGGCAGUUUGAGAACAAGGUCCCUGCGCAUGGUCACCUGGGGUCCCCAAGAGAGCGCCUGGCCCUGCACCUGCUCCGCACCUGCGGGCUGGUCCCUGAGCACCUGGAGACCAGGACACUGUACCACAGCAUCCAGCCCGGCAUUGACCAGGGGAAGCUGCAGAUGUGGGUGGACGUUUUCCCAGAGAGCCUUGGCCCCCCAGGCCCUGCCUUCAACAUCACCCCACGGAAGCCCAAACGGUACGAGCUUCGCUGCAUCAUCUGGAACACGCGGGAUGUGGAUCUGCAGGACACCAGCAUCACGGGGCAGAGGAUGAGCGACAUCUACGUGAAAGGGUGGCUGGAUGGCCUGGAGGAGGAGAGGCAGAGAACCGAUGUCCACUACAGGUCCCUGGGAGGAGAGGGCAACUUCAACUGGAGGUUCAUCUUCCCCUUCGAGUUCCUACCCAUGGAGCAGGUCUGCGUCCUGCCCGAGAAGCAAUCUCUCUGGAGCCUGGAUGAGACGGUGCUGAAGGUCCCCCCCAAGCUCGUCCUCCAGGUGUGGGACAAUGACAAGUUCUCGGCUGACGAUUUUCUCGGGGUUCUGGAAAUCAAACUGCUCAGCAUGCCCUGCCCAGCCAGGCGCCCCCGGGCCUGCACCCUGAAAAUGCUGCAGGAUGAGAGCGACUCCCCCGCCCCACCCCGCUGCCCCAGGAGAACCUCCCUCUUCAAGCAAAGGCUCGCCCGAGGCUGGUGGCCGUGCGUGGUGCAGGAGGAGGGCAGGCAGCGGCUGUCGGGGAAGAUUGAGAUGACACUGGAGCUGCUGACGGCCAAGGAGGCGGAAGAGCGGCCUGCUGGGAAGGGAAGGGAAGAGCCAAACAUGAACCCCACUCUGCAGCCACCUGUGCGCCCAGAAGCCUCGUUCCUGUGGUUCACGGCCCCCCUCAAGAGCCUGCGCUACAUCCUCUGGCAGCCGCACAAGUGCAAGAUCAUCCUGGGGCUCGUGCUGCUCCUGCUGCUGCUCCUGUUCGCAGCCUUCAUCUACUCCUCCCCGGGCUACCUGGCCAUGAAGCUGAUAAAUCCCUUCCGCAGUCUCCAUUCCUUCGGGAGCCUCAAUCCUCUGGCGGGGAGCAGCGGGAGCCCAUAGGCCACAGGCCGGCAGCAGCACCCCCAGCCCAGCUCCUGGGAUGACAACCAGCUGCAGGCCCUGAAGACAGACAGCACCUGCUGUCCCCUAGCACAGAGGGAGUUGGCCCUGGCCCCCAACCUGGGGAGUUGGGCAGCAGCACCCCUUCCAAAUUCACCACCCGCUGCCCUACCAGCACCUGGAUCUUCCCUGCCUCCAGACAGCAGCAGCCAGUCUUACCGCUCCCUCCCUGGCCUGCACUCCUGCUGCUCCUCCCCUGGGGGGUUCAAGGGCCACUCACC